AUGGAGGGAGACAUUCUCCCUCCAAAGCUUCAAAAUUCAUUCCCUCCAAAAAUGGAGGGAUCCAAGAAAAAGACAAAAAAAUAUUAUAAGAAGAAAGUAACUCGAAAGCCUGCAUCUAGAGCUCGGACUGAGGAGACUAUUACAGCAUCGAUUCUAAUUGAACCCUCCGUUCAGAUUCAGACUAAUCUACAGAAUGAAGCAGAUGGUUCUUCGGCUGUGCUGGAAGGGAAACAGGGAUUACAUUCGCAGGGGCCGAGUACUGAGGGUAUACACGUUCACCUGGUGGAAGAUGAUCUGGGUAAGGAUAUGGAUUCAAAUGUUGGGAGGGAGGACUUUCAAGCCUCUGCCCAGUCUCAUUGGGCGAAUCUCGGAGAAAAACUUCAGAUUAAUGAAUCGUCUAAGCUGCAUUAUGAGGAACCCCUUAUGAAAAAUGGGAAGAAAGUUGCCCAAAUUGAUUUGGAGGAGGUUUCUGAACAGGCUCAAAAUUGGAAUUCAGCUGUGAUUUGUAUGGUUUUGGGUGCAAAUCCACCAUUUGCUGUAUUUGAAGGGUUUGUUAAAAGGAUUUGGGGACAUUUGGGUAUUGAACGGGUAGUGAGAAUGCACAUGGGUCUCACCAUUGUCAAGUUCAAUGAUGAGGCUACAAGAGAUUUUGUUUUGGAGAAUGGAAUUGUGCAGUUUGAUAGGAAGCCGGUUAUUGUGAGGCCUUGGACUCAAGAACUUGAUUCGAUCAGAUUAGUGCGAUCUGUUCCAUUAUGGAUUCGUUUGCCAAAUUUAGGGCUGCAAUAUUGGGGGAAAAACUGUCUAAGUGCCUUGGUUAGUACAAUUGGGAAGCCUAUUAUGGUGGACAAGUUUACUAAGGAUAGAUCUAUGAUAAGGUUUGCUAGAGUUUUGGCUGAGAUGGAGAUUACAGAUGACCCUCUUUUCAUAAUCCAUUUUGUAAAUGAACGUGGACAACUUCAGGAGCAAUUUGUGGAAUAUGAAUGGCUUCCCAUUAAGUGUUCGACAUGCAAAGGCUAUGGGCAUAAUGCUGCAGAAUGCAAGAAAACUGAAACAAAAGCUUGGGUCACUAAGAGCAAACCAUAUCAAAAUUCGACCAAUCUUGCUCCUAUUUCAGUGGCUGCUAAGGCAACAACAGGAGAGACAUCUGAGACUCAAGAGGAGCUUACAGUGAUAUGGACAAAGAUUAAUACAGUGGUAACUGGUAAUGAUGAAGCUGUGAUUCAGGACAGGGCUCAGAUUAAAAAUCUGGUUCGGUCUCCAGCAAACAAAGAGAACUGGGAAGUUCCAAGGAAAAUUGGGACCUCAAAGAGCAAAGGUAAGACAGUGAGUUCUCAUUUGGACAAGGAUAAAAAUGUGUUUAAAGUGCUUCAAGAACAGGUGACAGGGGAAAUGAGUGGGGUUCCAUUUGAUUCAUUUCCUGAUGGAUUGCACAAACAUACUUAG